AAACUCCUCUGGAUGAGGCACUCGGGGUGCGAACGUAGUACUGUACAGUCUUCUAUUUCGCGAGAAUAGUACACUCAAAGUUGUACAGCAUCAUAUCCAGCCAUGCAGUCACUGCGGCAGCUAGCAACCGCAGUAUGUGCUGCUCUCCUGCUGUCCGCAGCGAGCACAGCCGAAACGCAAAGGGACCAUCCGUCGCACUUCUUGACAGUCAGUACGACGAAUGGUCCAAUUACGGGCCAUUGGGCUCCCGGCUCGUGUCCCAAAGUCGUGGAAUACCUGGGCAUUCCGUAUGCCAAACCACCAGUUGGCGCAUUACGCUUCGCAGCACCGCAGCGAUUCGUCAGCGACACCGAGUAUGAGGCAGCUGCGUUUGGAAACGACUGCCCAUUGUCGCCAUCUCCACCCGUCGACUACCCCGGGCUCACAGCACAGGCGCCCCGGAUCAUCGCGUCCUUUGCUUCUGGACUUGGUUCGCGCCAGGGUGAGGACUGUCUGACGCUAAAUAUUUGGUCUCAGCCAACGGGUCGCUCCGUUAGGCAUGGCAAGCCGGUGCUGGUUUUCUUCUAUGGCGGCCGUUUCACGAUUGGCAAUACGAACAGCCCAUUCUACAACGGCAAGUACUUCGCCGCUGCGCAAGAUGUAAUUGUCGUCACAGUCAACUACCGUAUCAACAUCUUUGGUUUCCCUGGCGGACCAGACGAGGAGACACAAAAUCUCGGCCUCCGUGACCAACGCACCGCAGUGGAAUGGGUUCGCGACAACAUCCGCAAUUUCGGUGGCAAUCCAAGCAAGAUCACUAUCGCGGGACAGUCUUCAGGUGGAGCUUCCGUCGACUAUUGGACGUACGCGUACGAGAAGGAUCCUAUAGUUAACGGCAUCAUUGCUUCAUCCGGCAACGCAUUCAGCUUCCCUGUCAACGCGAAAAACGUGACUGAAAAGAAUUGGGCGACGGUCGUCCACGCAGUUGGCUGUAACUCAGCCGCUAAUGUCAUGGCGUGCAUGCGCGAGGUCGAUUGGGAGGAUAUCAAGGACGCCGCGGCGGCAGUCAAACCCGGUACGAGCAGUAGUGUGUUGCGCUCAAUUCCGCCCUUUUAUCCGACCCCAGACAACGCCAUUGUGUUCACGGACUACGUCAACCGCACAAGACAGGGCCGAUUCGCCAAGGUGCCUACCUUUGCCGGCAAUAACAAUAACGAGGCGGGGUACUAUCGGAUCCCGGCGUACGCGAAGGGCAUCGUGCCAACGGAGAAACAGGUGGAGCAGUUCCAUCUGGAGUCGUUCACAUGCCCAGUAACCUACCAGGCCGAAAAUCGCAUAGAGCAUAACGUGCCAAGUUGGAUAUGGCGCUACUCUGGCGACUGGAACAACACGCGACUCUAUGCUACAAGCGGCGCAUAUCACGGUAGUGAUCUGCACAUGAUCUUUGGGGCAUCAGCGGAUGUAAGCGGUCUGCCGGCGACUACAGAGCAGAGGAAGCUCACUACGGUUAUGCAGAAGGCCUGGUUCGAGUUUAGCAACGACCCAUGGCAUGGUUUAAGCGACAAAGUGGGCUGGCCGCAAUUUAACCCGCGUCGAAAGUCGCUCGUAGUGCUGGGUAAAGAUGAUAGCUCCAUGCCUAUAUUUGUAAAGCCGUCCGAGUUUGACGCGCCAUGCUCAACAAUUUCUUUAGGUUUUAUCGGGGAGUAGUACUAUUUGCAUAGAUAGAAAAGUCUAGCCGUAUAGGCUAUCUCCAGUGGGUCCACAGUCGGUUCGUAUAGCUAGGAGGCGAAAACACAUAACCUCCGAUGCUUUCGUGGGUUAAAUAGUGCGACUAAGGGUUAUCUUCCAUACCGAUUUUAAUACGGGCAGUACAU